AUGGCAAAUACUCUACCAAUUUCAAUAAAUUACCACAAGCCAAAACUAGUAGUUCCAUCAAGUGUAACACCUCAUGAGACAAAACGUCUUUCUGAAAUAGAUGAUCAAGGGUUUAUUCGAUUCCAAAUCCCCAUACUAAUGUUUUACAAAUACAAUUCUUCAAUGAAAGGUAAAGAUCCAGCAAGAAUUAUCGAAGAUGGAUUAUCAAAAACACUUGUGUUUUACCAUCCAUUAGCUGGUAGACUCAUUGAAGGGCCUAAUAAAAAGCUUAUGGUAAAUUGUAAUGGUGAAGGAGUCUUGUUUAUCGAAGGUGAUGCUAAUAUAGAGCUUGAAAAAUUAGGUGAAUCUAUUAAACCACCAUGUCCAUAUUUGGAUUUACUACUUCAUAAUGUUCCUGGUUCUGAUGGAAUUAUUGGUUCUCCUCUUUUGUUGAUUCAGGUGACUCGUUUUACUUGUGGUGGAUUUGCUGUUGGAUUUAGAGUUAGUCACACAAUGAUGGAUGGUUAUGGCUUCAAAAUGUUUCUAAAUGCGUUAAGUGAAUUAAUUCAAGGAGCUUCGACACCUUCUAUAUUGCCUGUAUGGCAAAGACAUCUCCUAAGUGCUAGAUCAUCGCCAUGUAUUACAUGUAGUCAUCAUGAGUUUGAUGAGGAAAUUGAAUCAAAAAUUGCAUGGGAAUCUAUGGAAGAUAAGUUGAUACAAGAAUCAUUUUUCUUUGGAAAUGAGGAGAUGGAAGUCAUUAAAAAUCAAAUUCCUCCAAAUUAUGGAUGUACGAAAUUCGAGUUAUUAAUGGCAUUUUUAUGGAAAUGUCGUACCAUUGCUCUUGAUUUGCACCCUGAAGAAAUUGUUCGUUUGACAUACGUUAUUAAUAUACGUGGAAAAAAGUCACUCAACAUUGAAUUACCAAUUGGUUAUUAUGGGAAUGCGUUUGUUACUCCAGUUGUUGUAUCAAAAGCAGGUUUGUUAUGUUCAAAUCCAGUGACAUAUGCAGUUGAACUGAUCAAGAAAGUUAAAGAUCAUAUAAAUGAAGAAUACAUUAAAUCAGUGAUAGAUUUAACGGUUAUUAAAGGGAGACCAGAGUUAACAAAAUCUUGGAAUUUUUUGGUCUCAGAUAAUAGAUAUAUUGGAUUUGAUGAAUUUGAUUUUGGAUGGGGAAACCCCAUUUUUGGAGGGAUCUCAAAGGCUACAUCUUUCAUUAGUUUUGGUGUUUCUGUUAAAAAUGACAAAGGAGAAAAAGGUGUUUUGAUAGCUAUAAGUUUGCCUCCAUUGGCCAUGAAAAAACUUCAAGAUAUCUACAACAUGACUUUCAGAGUCAUAAUUCCAAGGAUAUAA